AUGAACGAUUGCCAUUUGGUUCCAGACAAUCUACAUAACUGUCUCGAAGCAGCCUCAUCCAAAGAUGCGUCCCCUAUGACAUUAGAGCAGCAUUUACCUCGAUUAGGACAGAUUAUAGUUCCUUUACUUCAAGGUUUAAAAGUCCGACAAUCAAAACGGAGGGCAGCCAAACAAGAACAAGAAGUUGAUCAGGCCCACACCUCUAUAAGCUCUCUUCCUAAUCGACCUCCUGGUCGUGAAAGACUUCCUCCGAUUGUUCAACUGGCACUUAUCGGUCCUCUGUUCGGGCUACUGCUGUUAGUCAAACUUUAUCCGUGGCCAAAAGUUGAGGAGGUCUUUGGAGUAGUGCUGUCAGUUCUUCACCCAAUUCUUGGAAUUGUGACCGAUCAUCACAACCAUCCGCUCCAUCAAAACCAUAUGAACCCAGCCAAAUCAAAAGUCUCACUGUAA